AUGUCGGGACAUGCACCAAACGGUAUCAAAUAUGAAAACGAUUUAACAGGCCGACUUGAAAAAUAUCCUCUAAAGCGGAUAAAGAAGGGACGCUGGGACGAUGAGGAGGAUAAAAAGCUCAAGGCUAUAGUAAAAAUCCAUGGUCCUAAGAGAUGGGAAAAGAUCUCCAUUUAUCAUCCUACUCGCAAUGGCAAGCAAAUGCGCACACGAUGGCAAUUCCACUUGGACCAGAAAGUCAAUAAAACACGAUUCGCAGAAAAAGAAAUCGCCACUGUUUAUUAUAUGCGAAAUGAGGAAAAGAAAGGAUGGGCAGACAUUUCACGAAAACUCGACAACGGUCGGACCGCUAGCGCGUGUCAGAACGCUUAUAAAAAUAUCGUGGAGAAAAAACUUAGGAAAUGUCCAACAUCUGCUAGCGAAUAUAAGUUGUUAUAUGAUGCAACGCUCGUUACAGACUUGAAAGACUUGAAAGAUUGUUCACCCAAAGAAAAAAUGGCAAUAGAAUUUCUUAUCACGGCAAAGAUCUAUGUCGAACCCCAAAAUAAAAUGGAUGUCAAAUAUGUAGUAAAUAGUUUUGGUAACUAA